CCAAUUGGUGGCGGGAGAAAGAGAGGGCUUUCUCCAAUCGAUCCAUCCAUCCGAGAGCAAUGGCGGCCACAGCGGCAAUGGUGUCCUCGGCGGCGGCAUUGGCAUCGUCGCGGAGCGGCGUCCAUGGCGCCAGCCUCGUCUUGGCCAAGGCGCCCCUCCCCAAGGCGGUGGCGGCGAGGCAAAGCCUGAGCUGCAGCUGCUCCAUGGCGGACGAGGAGGAGCAAGGAGUGUCGAGGAGACUGGCCUUGGCGCUGGCGGCCGGAGCUCUUGUGGCCACCGGCAAGGUGUCCACUGCGAGUGCGGCUUAUGGCGAGGCGGCCAAUGUGUUUGGCUCGCCAAAGCAACAGUCGGGCUUCACCACCUUGACCGGCGAUGGCUUCAAGCUGGACGUGCCCUCCAAGUGGAAUCCCAGCAAAGAACUCGAGUUCCCUGGCACACUGCUGCGAUACGAGGACAACUUCGACCAAAAAUCCAACCUUGCAGUCAUGGUCAUCCCCACGGACAAGAAAUCCAUCACCGACUACGGAUCGCCCGAGGACUUUCUCAGUGCUGUAAGUAUCAAUCAUCUCAUGUCGAUUCACUUGAUUUCUUGCUUUCUUUUGCAGUAUAGCUAUCUCCUCGGCAAGCAGGCCUAUGCUGGCAAGACCGUCUCAGAGGGAGGAUUUGAUCCCAACGCCGUGGCCACUGCCGCGGUGCUACAAUCCAAGACAAAAGACAUCAAUGGGAAGAAGUACUACGAUCUGGAUGUACUGACCAGAACAGCCGACGGUGACGAGGGUGGCACGCACCAGCUGAUCGUUGCGUCCAUCAACAAUGGCAAGCUCUACUUGCUCAAGGCACAAGCGGGCGACAAGAGGUGGUUCAAGGGCGCGCAGAAGUUCGUCAAGGGUGUUGCCGAAUCCUUCAGCUUGGCUUAGAUAUAUAUACCUUAUAGCAAGCUCCACCACAAAGCUCUAAAACGUGAAAGAAAGCGAUCCUUAAAUUCAUCGCUGAUCGCUCUCGCUCUCGAUAGAGGUGUACAUUUUCUACGAUGCUUGCGUGAAUUUUAUUCAAGGAAUAUCAGAAGAAUUUAAAUUGUAAA